AUGGACAACGCUGAUGAUUUUCGCCUUGACUUGGUGUUUGGGGAUAUUGAUCUGGAAGUCACCACCAAAUGGCUCACUAUCAACGAAACAUUGGGAAAACGUAGUCUCGUCGUUGAGCAAGCACACGCCAAAUACGGUGCAGUCGUUCGUCUGGCACCAAAUGAGCUCUCUUUUUCUGACCGAGUUUGCGUCAAGGAGCUCUAUCUUGCUGGCAGCAAAUUCCCGAAAUCUCGGCGCUAUGAAGGCUUUGCAUCGACAACGCGCGCUUCCUUCGACAUGACAAAGGUACACGAACACCGUAUACGGCGAAAUUUGGUCCGACAUGUCUUAGCACAAUCCCAUAUCGAUGAAGCAGAACCCCUCAUCUCUGAUCAAGUGCGCAAAGCUCUGCCGUGGAUAAAGCAUAGUAGUGGGUCGUCGCUGGAUGUUAUGCUAUGGAUGCGUAGAGUAAUGCUUGAUACUGCGGGUGGCCUCUUUCUUGGUCGGUCUUUUGGCGCUCUCGAGGACGACACACCUCCAGCGUUCCUCGACGACCUGGACGAUUACUUUGCAAUCACAGCCCUUCGUUGGUUAGCUCCCUGGAUACUAGGCGUCCUUCAAAUUCUGCCAGUCGUACCAAUCCAGCGCUUUCUCCAAGCGCAGCAUCGUUGCUAUCUCUAUGGUCGAAAAGCGUUUGAUGAGUACAUCGAGCAGCACGGACGUUACUCCGGCCGUAUCGAUCUUCUGACCAAGAUGGUGGGCUCAAAAGGAUAUCAGCGGAUGACAGACGAAGAGAUCAGCAACGAGCUUGGCAGUCUGCUUGUCGGUGCGACCGAUACCACGGUCGUAGUGUCCACUUGGAUGCUUUGGGAACUGGCCCAAAGGCCCGAAUGGCAGAGAGAGCUACGCACCGAGCUUCGCGACAACAAAGUCGCCUUCUCAAACGGCGUCCCGCCAUACAAAGAGAUCAAAUCUCUCCCUAUCCUCGACGGCUUUGUCCUGGAGUGUAUGCGCCUGCACCCCGCGCAAUCGAUUGGCCUACCACGGAUAGCAUGCACGAACGCUGCCAGCAUUGGCGGUAUUGUUAUUCCGCAAGGCACCUAUGUGUCUGUCCCUUCCCGCGAAGUUCAUGCCGACCCCGAAGUCUAUCCUUCACCUCACUCCUUUCUCCCUGAGCGCUGGAUUAACGCCCGCUCCGCAGCCGCCGAUUUCGCCUCUGCGGACCAGAACGCGAAAACGUCUUCUAGCCAGCCCUCAGUCACACCAUCGAAUCACUUUAAGACAAUGCAAUCGUCGCUUCUUAUCUGGUCUAAAGGUUCGCGCGCCUGUCUAGGCCAAUACGUCGCGACCAUGGAACUCAAAUUCGUGCUUGCGUCACUUGUCAAUGGAUGGAACGUGGAAUUAGAUGAGGAUACAAAGGGUAAGAGCGGGAAUGGAAGGGGCAGAGGAGAGUGCAUGGAGCAGACAGAUUACUUCCUUGCCUUUCCUCGGGGCCGAAAGUGCGGGAUUGUCUUCACGCCUGCAAUGGAAUGA